AAAUUUCAAACAAGUUUGCACGUACUUCUCGUUUCCAAGAUAAUCUAUCCAGCGAAGAAGUCAUUUUUAACCGCCUCUGCUUGCUGUCUGGUUAUAGUCAACUCUUCCACCCUAUCAAUAGGCGGCAAAUAACAAACGUCGUCCGGAAAUCUGCAAGGCUUCGGCACACGUUCGAUAAAAACCGGCGUAGUUCCGAAGAACGUCUCGCAUCAUUUGCUGUGAGCAGUGAAGCAUCAAUAAGAGAAAGUCAUGAAUUAAGAUUGAUGUAUUUUUAGUUUAUAAAGUUUUUUUUUCAAGCAAGAAUAAUGGAAGCUUCAGUACAAGGGAAUGUUCUAGAUUCUGAAGUUGUACCAGCCAAACGAAGAAAAAUCGAUGAAGUCAACAAUUACAAGGAGGAUUCUAGCGAUGCUAGAGAAGAUAGUGGCAAUGACGAGAAAACCCCGACUCAACUUGGUCCCCUAAAGAUCAAGCCGAUUGUGUUGGAGCGUCUUCGAAGAAUAACUUCCAAAACAACCGGCAAAGGCACCGCCGAACAGAGCACUGGAAAUGACGCAGAAAAACAAAAGUGUGAAAACAGCGCCGUUAUCUCAAAUGGAAGUACCGAUGACGUUACAAAAUCUGAAGACGUAUCAAAAAGCAAUGAUGUCAUUACAUCGUCUACCGGCUCUUCCCCAGCCCAUUCCCCGAAACCCGAGGACUUGACGAUGCUUUCCACGCCGCCGAAGUCCCGUCAACCCGACGAUGAAUCGAUUAACAAGACCAUGGCGUUAGAGAAAGUGUCGGCCAAACUUUUGGCAAGGUUUGAUGCACCAUCAUCCACAGGUAGCCCGGUAUUCGCUGAAAUUUCAACUUCUGAUGGCGGGCUGGAGAGAAGCGACUCAGAGAUGCGUGAGAACGAGGCUGGUGACGAAAAGACUUCCGUCGAGCCUCGCUCCGAUGGUGUGAGUACAAGCAGUCAAGAUACCGCUGGUCUGUCUGAGUCUAAUGGCGGGCGCACCACGGUCCCGCAACCUGGUACUGACUCCAGUCGGAUUGAGACGGAAAGUCGUCGAGCACCGCUAAACUUCAACUCAGACGAGUUCAAAAUCCUCUUAAGGCAGAUGAUAGACGAGAAGUUCCGUCAGAUUGAGAGCGCUUACCAGAGCAAGGACCCCGAGGGUGAGCUGCGGAGGCGUCUACUACGACUAGAAGACGAAAACACAGAGCUGCACGAGUAUGCAAUCAAGCUGGAAAAGGCCGUCAAGCUUCUUCUCCACAACCAGAAGAGCAAGGCCGACAAGGCGUCAAAGCACGUCCAGACGGAGGUUCUGAAAUCUCCAAGGACAGUAUCAGUUUCCCAGCCCCCUCAACACCCUGCAUCUUUGCCAUUACAUCUGGCUGCUACGUCGACCGAAUCAACCACACGGCUAACAUCCACUACUUCAAGCAUCCCAGGGCACUCGGUAAACCCUGCGCCCCUACCCCAGCAAGUACCCUACACCCCUCCCCCACAGAUACGGACCACGCCCUCCCAGCUCUUAACCCCUCCAACACAGUACCAACCAACUGCUGUCCAAGUGGCGAGACCACCCCCUCCGCAGUACCCUGGACAAAUUCGUACAGGCGUGGCGCUGCCAAACAGUGGGGCACCAGGAAGUUCAGUUGCCAGACCACAGAAUCCUGGACAGAUGAGUACCAUGGUGGUGGUACGCCCGCCUCAGCAGAACGUGGUGUAUGUAAACAGCUCUCAGGUGCAGGUACAACCGCAACAGAACUUCCAAGUCCAGUCAGCCGAAGGGCAGCCACGGUUUAUGGUGGGAAGCCACGCAGCUACUAUAGCCACAGGGAGACCACCUGUUCCUGCUCAACAACUGGCACAGCAUCAGCAACAGCCGGCUGGGGUCCUGAUCACCAGCCGACCCACGGCUGCUGCACCACAACACCAUCAGCCACAGCCGGCGAAUCAGGUCACAGGAAUACCUGCUCAGCAACGAUUACCACAACCAACAGGCAACCCCGUCACUGGCAGACCCCAUCAAGCCGUCCAACAACCUCUACCACAACAGCUCCCACCCCAGUAUCGGCCUCCCGCCAUAGUAACAGCAGCAGUAGCACGCCCUCCUCAAGUCCAGGGCCCCCCUACCCAGCAGGUUGUCCCCGGGUCUUCUCCUCCCGUGCGGCAUCAGGCAGAGUUCUUACAAACCCAGACACGCUUAUCCAUGCAAACACCAGAUGGGACUACCCAGGGUCCCCCUUCAGGUGCACCUGUACCCCAGCAAAAGGACCCCCCACCACGCCCUUCCGUGUCCAUAGCUGUGGUGUCUAACGGGAUAGUCCUGUCGUGGAACAUGCAGUUGGCACCUAACCACGCCCGCAUUACAAGAUACCAGCUGUAUGCCCUCCAGGACCUUGGACCCAAUGGUCAACAAGCCCAGUGGAAGAAGAUAGGCGUGGUCAACGCCCUGCCGCUCCCCAUGGCUUGCACCCUGACGCAGUUCAUGUCCGGGAACAAAUAUCAUUUCGCUGUCCGGGCCACGGACGAGUUCGGACGUACUGGGCUAUUCAGUGAGCCAUGUACUGUGACCCUCAAGUAGUUGUAAUCGCGCAAGGCUAGUAGGGUAAUAACGUUAAAAAGAUCGCAGCUUUGUGUUGACCCCUUCAAAUAGCUUGAAAUCAUGUCCCUUUACACUUGCAUGGUCAUACUUGCAUGGUAAAAAAAGGCGCAUAAAUAUAGCAUUGCGCAUUCGCAUGUGAGGAGAAAAUGCAAGCAACGUUUAGAGGGGUCAAAGACUGUGUACCAGACUUGCGUUUGAAUAUUGAAACACCUUUUUAUUGCGGAAAUAAUAUUUUUCCAUGUAUUAUUGUAUGUUCUAGUAAAAAUAUGAACCGUUUUCAUUGUAAGAUGGAUUCAAUUUCA